AAAAAGAGUCUCAGUUACAGUGGGAUAUCUUCCUACAUUUAAGAAAGCCACAAGUGUAAAUCUGCCAUUCCCAUUAAUUCAAGAUGAAACUUGGCACAUAGUAGGUGCCCACAGUUUGUAAAAUUGAUUUUUAAUCUUUUUCACCCUGGCCGAGGCACUAUCAGAACUCAAAUCUUACUACUUGCCUUUCUAUAUCAGUCCUAUUUUAAAAACUAAAAGAAAGAGAAAGAAGAGAAGAGAUGAAGAGAAGAGACUCACCAAAUCAAAAAGAGAGGAAGUGCGAAGUAGAUACAGGAACCAAAAAAGGGUUAUAGAGGCUGUUUUACAGUGUCUCAUUCAGUUCCUUUGUGGUCCUCCUCUUCAGUGCAUGCCAAAGGAGUUCCUCACAACCUCUGGACAAGGGCAUCUUGGAUGUGGGACAAUGGAAGACUUGGAUGCUUUAUUGAAGGAACUGGAAUCCUCCAUCCUCCAGAACAGUGACGAACCUUCCAGCCCCGAUCCUCUUCCUUUGGAUAAGCAUUCCAGAAAGGAGGAUAACCUUAAAGAGACUUCAGCAACUCUUUCUGAUCAGGAUAACACAAGUCCUUUGCCAGCGCAGCUCGUGUAUACUACCAAUAUCCAGGAGCUCAAUGUCUACAGUUGUCUAAUCAUGGAUCUUACAUUUUCCAGUGAGAUUCAGGAGCCAAAGAAAUCACCGCCACCUUCUAAAACCUCAGCAGCUACACAGUUGGAUGAGCUCAUGGCCCACCUGAAUGAAAUGCAGGCCAAGGUUGCAGUGAAAGCUGAUGCUGGCAGGAAGCACUUACCAGACAAGCAGGAUCACAAGGCUUCCCUGGACUCCAUGCUGGGGGGUUUGGAACAGGAAUUACAGGACCUUGGGAUUGACACGGUGCCCAAGGGCCAUUGUGCUUCCUGCCGGAAACCAAUUGCUGGGAAGGUGAUCCACGCUUUAGGGCAAUCGUGGCAUCCGGAGCACUUCAUCUGUACUCACUGCAAAAAAGAGAUUGGGUCUACUCCCUUCUUUGAGCGGAGUGGCUUGGCCUACUGCCCCAAGGACUACCAUGACCUUUUCUCUCCACGUUGCGCUUACUGUGCUGCUCCCAUCCUGGAUAAAGUGCUGACGGCAAUGAACCAGACCUGGCAUCCAGAGCACUUCUUCUGCUCUCACUGUGGAGAGGUCUUUGGCACGGAAGGCUUUCAUGAGAAGGACAAGAAGCCUUAUUGCCGAAAGGAUUUCUUAGCCAUGUUCUCACCCAAGUGUGGUGGCUGCAACCGCCCAGUGUUGGAAAAUUACCUUUCAGCCAUGGACACUGUCUGGCACCCAGAGUGCUUCGUGUGUGGGGACUGCUUCAGCAGUUUUAAUACUGGCUCCUUCUUUGAAUUGGAUGGACGUCCUUUCUGUGAGCUCCAUUACCAUCUCCGCCAAGGAACCCUCUGCCACGGGUGUGGGCAGCCCAUCACCGGCCGCUGCGUUAGUGCCAUGGGGUACAAGUUCCAUCCUGAGCACUUCGUCUGUGCCUUCUGCCUGACACAGUUGUCAAAGGGCGUCUUCAGGGAGCAGAAUGACAAGACCUAUUGUCAGCCCUGCUUCAAUAAGCUCUUCAUGCUGUAAUUUCAACUGGUCCACAGCCGCUCCUAAUCCCCUAUCAAAUUUAAAGAUAGAGAGAAGAGUAAACUUCUUGUUACUGACCUUCUGCUUAAUAGGCAUAUAGAGAAAGUGAAGAUGAUAAACAAAUAAAGGAACUCCUAGAUUUUA